AUGGCUAAACGUACAUUAGGGUUGGGCAAGGCCGCUAAGGCUAAGAAGCAGAAAACGGAGAGUGAGUCAAUUGAUACUGGAAAGGCUGAUGAAGCUUCGAAUCAAUUGACAGUCGAAUUACCAGAAGAGGUCGAUGCCGAUGAUGAAAUAUCCCAAUUAAAGGGCCUUUACAAAGCCCAUAUAAACUCCGAACGCGACAAUGAGUUAGUGGUGAAUGGUAUAAUCCACGAAUGUGAUCGUUUGCUACGCAACCAAGAAGAAGGAACAUCUUUACCACCUACAUUUUACAAAAUUUACUCCAUCGCCUUGAGUGAGCUUGCCAAUUUCCACUUUGAAGAUGUCAAGCAGGUCAAGGAAUUUUUUGAUGCUAGUUUGGAGAGGAUUGAAACAGGGUUAGAAAAGUAUCCACACGACGUGGAGUUGUUGUUGACUCGUGCAAAGAUUUUGAUCAAUCAAUUGAUUUCUCAACAUGUUUCACAAUUGAGCUUGGAUAGCAAAUCUGAUGAAACAAACGUUAAGGAGUUGUUGGAUGCGGCUUUGAAGGUGUAUGAACUGGCCGAGGUAAAAGCUGAUGAAUCGUCAAAAUUUGAAGCCUUCAGCAACGCCGAAUACUUUGAUAUUUUGGAAGCUGUGGAUGAUUUGUUGGAUAUUGUGGAUAACUUUGGCAAAAAUGAAGUUGAGGAAGAAGAAGAAGAAGAAGAAGAAGAAGGCACCUCCAAAGAUGACAAUGCUGGAGAAGAAGAGGAGGAAAUUGAGUUGGAUGAAACUCACCCCUUGUACCCAAUUAAAAACACUGACGAAUAUAAUCAAUGGUGGAGAGAUCAUACAAUAAAAUAUCUUGAAAUUUUAAACAAGGUACCCUCACCCCCAGAUUCAUUGAUUAGAGAAGUUAAUCAAAGAUUGGGACAAUCAUAUCUUCAAGAGUCAGAAAUACCAACCAAUGUAUACACUACAUUGAAGUACGAUGAAGAUUACGCAGGUUUGGAGGAAUUAGAAGGAUUGACUCUUGAGCAAGCUCAAGAAAUUGCCAAGGACCUCAUACAUAAGGCAUUAGAGCAUCUAAAAAAAGCAGAGGAUAAAGAAGAGCCUGAAUCGUGGGUCAGCAUCGCUGAGGCUAUGAUCACUUUAGGGAACUUGUAUGAGUUGGACUCAGAAGAGCAAGAGAAGUUAUACGAUGAAGCAGAGACGAUUUUAAAGAAGGCCAACAAUGUUACCAACGGGAAGUAUGAGGACGUUUUGGAAAAUCUAUUAGCAAAUUAA